CCUCGCUCGGCGCGCGCACACAAAAACAAAACAAACCUCACUGACAGUGGACGUGAUAAAACUGUGUACCUAGUGAUAUCGUGAUGUUGGAAUUGUUCUAAAUUUUCGGGAUUCGCGGUGCGCCGGCGCUUUCAUGUAACUGAUAAGUUGUAAUUGUUGCGUGAUAACAGAAUAUAAACAAACAUAGAAAGUGCCCGGCAAAGGAUGAGGAGUAAAUAUUGGAUGGGACGGUUUGAGCCAGAUAUACUGAAACCAACAGGAUGACCUGGCGCCUGGCACUGGUGUUGACGUGCCUAGCAUGGGGCGCGCUGGGCGGCGAGCCGGUGUUCGAUCCGACGACGCUGAUGCGGCUCGUGCUAGUGCCGGCGGACGCGGCCGUCGGCUCCGUCAUCUACAGAGUGCGCGCUUCCGACCCCGACUUCGAUUAUCCGUUACACUUUGAGCUGAUAGGUCAAAUGGGUCGUUUGGACGUCGGCGUCGAGACGUUGCCCUGCACCCGCUACAACUCCGUGUGCCAAGCCAACGUGAUCCUCCUGCGGCGCCUCGAGCCCGGCCGCUACGUGGACUUCAGGCUGUCCGUCAGAAAUACCAGGGGCCGCAGCAGCAGGAUCGCUUGUUCCAUCACCGGGACCAACGCGACCACACCGAGGGACACCAUAUUCCCGCACCAGCCACCUAUCGUCUUGGUGCCUGAGGACGCAAAGCGAGGCACGGACCUGGAGUUCGUGAUCGCAAGGAAGAACCCUCUUGUCGCCGAAGUUCUCUUUGGAACUGGAAUUAUGGGUAAGUUCUACAAGGGAUCACCUCUGUUCGCGAUUCGACAGCGCCGCGUCUCCACCGAGAACACCGAGGGCCAGAUAUUCCUCGUCGGGCCGCUGGACUUCGAGGCGCAGUCCAUGUAUCACCUGACGCUAUUAGCCGUGGUGACCCAUACGCGGAGAUCGGGAAGCGACACGCGUAAUAUAGCCAGUUUGGAGGUGGUGGUGGUAGUCCAGGACGUCCAAGACAUGCCUCCCGUGUUCACGUCGGCUCUCCCAUCACGCACCUGCCGCGCCAAGGUCACCCCCGGCGACGUCGUGGUGAAGGUGCGCGCUGAAGACGGCGACAAAGGCGCGCCGAGGCAGAUCAGAUACGGCCUUCAGAUCGGAGGGCAAUCCCUUUACACCGUUCUUCAACAUCAACGAAACUACUGGUAA